UAAAUCUUAUAAUUUACGUAUAACUAAAAGAUUUAAAAUCCGAUUUGUACUAUUAGAUGCUCAACUUAAUCAAGAUGAAGAUCCAACGAAAAGUAUUGAUGAUAAAUGUCCAAAUAAUUUUGUUUAUGGUUUAGGUAUAGGAUCUUUUCUCGGCAUGAUAGCAUUAGCAG